CUGAUCUCCCCCUCGACCUCAUUGUGCCCAUUGAGCCAUCACCUUCCUCUCCUUUUGUCUUCGUUGGGAUUUCUCUCUCAGUCAGCUUCCGAGAUACUGUCUUGUAUUAUAUUAAUCCCCCAUCCCCUCUCCAUCCCACUCACCUGCUUCUUUGCCGCCUCGUUUCAUCCGCAUUUACAUUAGUAAAGCUACUAGCAUGCUCCGCGGCCAGACUCUCCCCUGGAGAGCCGCGCUCCAACAAGCCUCGCGUCCCUUCAUCCCUCGACCUCUACUUGCUCCCUCAAGAUACAAUGUCACCGCCCGAUCGAUACUAAAUGCGUCGCGACUUCACCGCUCCCUCCCGACCUCCCGCGCCUUCUCCUCGAGCUCCAUCCGGCGGAGAGAGAAGCCCCCGCCCGGCGACGAAAAGGACGACCCUGCUCAGAAGGAGCAGAAAGACGCAAACGAGGAGAAGGAUGUUGAGCGUGCUCCAGACGCCCGACGCAAGGCUGCUGAUCCCUCUGGCAAGCAGGGAUCGUCACACGAAUCCGGAGCUCCGACAUCGGGCUUUGCACGGCGGAAGGAGAAAGCGGGCGCGGACAAAGAGCAACGUGGCCUGGAGGAAGACUCGAAGAAGGAUGGUAAUGCAGUAGAAGGCAAGGGGAACUCAUCUGAUACCCCAUCCCCUAUACCUGUCAAUGGUGGCUCCGACUCGAGGCCUAGUGGCGCGAAUAAUGGUGGCAACGAGGAUGGCGGUAAGAAGAGCAAGAAGGGCUCCGGCGAGAAGGCCUUGCAGAAGCCAUCAGUUCCCGAAGUGUAUCCUCAGGUGAUGGCAAUCCCGAUCGCGAAGCGACCGUUAUUCCCGGGCUUUUACAAAGCAAUCACCAUCCGAGACCCGAAUGUAGCCGCCGCCAUACAAGACAUGAUGAAGCGGGGACAACCAUACGUGGGUGCCUUCUUGUUCAAGGACGAGAAUGCAGAUGGCGAUGUGAUCGAAAACCUGGAUGACGUCUAUGAUGUUGGCGUCUUUGCUCAGAUCACUGCCGCGUACCCUCUCCGGGGCGAAGCGAGUGGGGUCACCGCCGUUCUUUAUCCCCACCGUCGUAUCAAGGUCUCUUCGCUGCUUCCGCCUAGCGACGCUGCCAAGGCUGGUACAACCGAGGAGAAGACAUCAGAGCGCCGUGGGGAUGUUGUCGCCAGUUUCGAGGAGGGCACUGCCGAACUCGCCCCCAAGGACCACUAUGAACCCACCUCCUUCCUGCGAAAGUAUCCCGUCAGCUUGGUUAAUGUGGAGAACCUUGCGGAGGAACCCUACGAUAAGAAGAGUGCUAUCAUCCGCGCCGUCACCAGUGAAAUCGUCAACGUCUGCAAAGAGAUCGCGAGCCUGAACCCGUUGUUCCGCGACCAGAUUUCUGCAUUCUAUACGGACCAGUUUCCCGGCAAUCUGAGCGACGAGCCCGCUAAGCUGGCGGACUUUGCCGCCGCCGUCUCUGCAGGAGAGCUCAACGAAAUGCAAGAGGUCUUGGAGUUGAUGAACAUUGAGGAGAGACUUCCUAAGGCCUUGGUGGUGCUGAAGAAGGAACUCAUGAACGCGCAACUCCAAUCCAAGAUCUCUAAGGACGUGGAAGCUAAGAUUCAGAAGCGACAGCGUGAAUACUGGUUGAUGGAACAGAUGAAGGGCAUCAAACGGGAGCUGGGCAUCGAGUCCGAUGGCAAAGAUAAGUUGGUCGAGAAGUUCAAGGAAAAGGCAGAGAAGCUUGCUAUGCCGGACGCCGUCAAGAAGGUGUUCGACGAGGAACUCAAUAAGCUGGCCCAUCUGGAGCCUGCUGCCUCUGAGUUCAAUGUCACCCGCAACUAUCUGGACUGGCUUACUCAGAUCCCUUGGGGACAAAAGAGCGUGGAGAACUUCGGUAUUCAGCAUGCGGUGAAGGUUCUCGAUGAAGACCACUAUGGCCUCAAGGAUGUCAAAGACCGUAUCCUCGAGUUCAUUGCUGUGGGCAAACUGCGUGGUACCGUGGAGGGCAAGAUCCUUUGUCUGGUCGGACCGCCUGGUGUGGGAAAGACCAGUAUUGGAAAGUCCAUCGCACGGGCAUUGAACAGACAGUAUUACCGCUUCUCAGUUGGAGGCUUGACCGACGUCGCCGAAAUCAAGGGACACCGUAGGACCUAUGUAGGCGCUCUUCCUGGACGUAUCAUCCAGGCCCUCAAGAAGUGCCAGACCGAGAACCCCCUUAUUUUGAUCGACGAAAUCGACAAGAUCGGCCGCGGGCACCAGGGAGACCCGUCUUCUGCGCUUCUUGAGUUGCUUGAUCCUGAACAGAAUUCUUCGUUCCUGGACCACUACAUGGAUGUCCCGGUGGAUUUGUCCAAGGUUCUCUUUGUUUGCACGGCAAACGUGACUGACACGAUCCCUCGGCCACUCCUGGACCGCAUGGAGCUCAUCGAGUUGUCAGGAUAUGUUGCCGAUGAGAAGAUGGCCAUCGCUCAGCGGUAUCUCGCCCCUGCUGCUCGAGAGCUUACCGGUCUGAAGGAGGUUGAUGUUAGCUUGACGGAGGAGGCCGUUGAGGAACUCAUCAAGUCCUACUGCCGUGAAAGUGGUGUUCGGAAUCUGAAGAAGCAGAUAGAGAAGGUCUAUCGUAAGGCGGCAUACAAGAUCGUUCGGGAUCUCGGCGAAGAUGUGCUCGCAGAAGAGAAGGCUCUGACAGAUGAGGGCAAGGCCGUUCAAGAGGAGUCACAGAAGGAGACUGAGUCUCCCGACUCAAAGUCGCCUGUCGACCCGGAGAAGUCCACGACGGAAACGCCUCGCGUUGCGCUGAAGGUUCCGGAAAGUGUGCAGCUCAGUAUCGGCAAAGACAGCCUUACUGACUAUGUUGGACCCCCCAUCUUCACGGCUGACCGUCUCUACGACACCUUCCCUCCUGGUGUGACCAUGGGACUUGCCUGGACUAGCAUGGGAGGUGCUGCCUUGUACGUCGAAUCAAUCCUGGAGAACGCCCUGACGCCUCAGUCCCGACCGGGCAUCGAUAUCACCGGUAACCUGCAAAACGUGAUGAAAGAAUCUAGCCAAAUCGCCUACUCAUUUGCCAAGUCGGUUAUGGCGAAGCAGUUCCCCGAGAACCGAUUCUUUGAGAAGGCUAAGCUGCACAUGCAUUGCCCCGAGGGUGCUGUGCCGAAGGAUGGCCCAUCUGCUGGUAUUACCAUGGCAACAUCUCUGCUGUCCUUGGCUUUGAACCACCCACUUGACCCAACCAUCGCUAUGACGGGAGAAUUGACCGUGACCGGAAAGGUCCUGCGCAUUGGAGGUUUGCGGGAGAAGACCGUUGCUGCUCGCCGUGCUGGUGCUAAGAAGAUUAUUUUCCCCGCGGACAACAUGUCCGACUGGCUGGAGCUGCCUGAGAACAUCAAGGAGGGCAUUGAAGGCCAUGCAGUAGGCUGGUACUCGGAGGUGUUCGAUAUCCUCUUUACCGACUUGGACAAAGGUGCUGCCAAUAACAUCUGGCAGAAGCAGCUGGCUGAGAAGCCCGAGAAGAAAUCCAACGAAGUAGAGGAAGACGAGUGAAUUACGCCACCAGUCCUCACGCCUUGAUGACAUACUGUUCUCCAGCUCACGCCGGGCAUUGUUUAUUUUCUUUCUGGUCACGUGCAAGGCGUUAUCCUGUGGAAAGCAUGGUUCGGAGUUGUCUUCAUUUUCUUGUCACUUUUUCUUCUUUGGUUUCUAGAUUCACUUCGUGGCGUUUCGCCCUUUGCUUCAAGUUGUGGGCCAUACCACAACACCAGGUUGAAGUUGACGUUCGCCUAAACUGGCUGUCUUAGCAGUCCUGAUACGACCAACGGCAAACUUGCAGCCUAGCACUCACUCCGCUCUGAGAAAAGAAGAUGGUUGGAAUGGUCCAUGAGACCGGCUGUGUAUCAUUGUUGGAUCAUGUAAUAAGCCGGUCUGGAGGAAGAGGAUAGAGCUCUGACUACAGUGCUGCCUGACGCUGUUUUCAGGCUUGCUAAUGGACAAUAUCACAUCUUGUAUAUGUACAUACCAAAGCUUUGACUUUGUUUCUUG